AUGUUGCCUUUUGUGGUGCAUAUAAUCGCCAAGACUGAUUUGAUCAAGUACAUGCUCACUCGGCCAAUCAUUAGAGGGCGGAUUGGAAAAUGGACGAUAGCAUUGGCAGAAUUCACCUUCCGAUACGUACCUCAGCAAGCCGUCAAGGGGCAAGCUUUGGCUGAUUUCUUGGCCUCUCACCCUUGUGUUGAAAUAGAAGACAUGGACUUCUUCAAAGUCGACAUGAUAAGUUUAUUCCCAUGGCGUCUCUAUUUCGACGGAUCUCGAACAUCAAAUAUGGGGGGAGCAGGUGUCAUCAUUGAAUCACCCCAAGGAUUCCGAACUCGUUAUUCAUUUCAAUUAGACUUUGAUUGUACCAACAAUCAGGCCGAAUAUGAGGCCUUGAUCAUUGGGUUGGAGAUUUUGAGAGAACUUGGAAUAAAUAAUGUGUCAAUCAUGGGGGAUUCGAUGUUGGUUCUGAAACAACUAUCCGGCGACUAUAAGGUAACCAGCCAACUAUUGCUCUGCUAUCAUGCCUUGGCCAGCCAACUAAUAGAAGGUUUUGAUGAAGUGAGACUCGCUCAUCUACCACGGGAGCACAACUCACAGGCCAAUGCAAUGGCCCAAUUGGCUUCUGGGGUUCAGAUCUCUGAAGGGCUUUCUGAGGAAUUAUUCAAAGUUGAAAAACGAUCGUUGCCCUCGGUUUUUGAAAGAGGAAUACCAAUGGAGGUCAUGGCAUUGACUAUAGCUCCAGAUGACUGGAGACACGACAUCGUGGAGUAUCUGAAAUGUCCAAGUGGUUCGCAUUGCCGGCAGGUUCGGCAAAGGGCCAUAAGCUAUGUGCUCAGGGACAAAGAGCUUUUUCGUAUUGGUUCUGACGACUUACUCAUGAAAUGUCUGGGAAAGAUUGAUCAGAUGGUGGUUAUGAUUGAGGUUCAUGAAGGAAUAUGCUGA